UCAGUCCGGGCCGGACUGGCAUGGGCCCGAGAGGAGUGAUGGAUAAGGCAGGACCUCGGGACCGAUCUGCCGCGGCGGGUCUUGAAUGAAUGACAGGGGCGCGGCUAGGACGUUAGCUGGCAAACUGGAGCCAGGCUUGGAUGACGAUUAGGGGAGGGCUGAGCAGAGGAGGCGGUCGCCGUGCGGGGCGGCACCACAGAUGACCGAAAGAGCAAGGCUGGGGACAGGACGAAGGUUUAGUGGCUUGUGAAGGCCAUGCCGGAGUGACUGACAGGGCAAGGGGUGGACCCGGGCUGAGCGACUGAGGAGGAAUCUUUCAGGGUAGGGGCGAGGCCAGCGGUGGAGGGGGGCCAGAGAUAACUGACGGGACUGGAGAUGGCGGAGCGCUGGACUAUGAGGUGGAACCCCGCGGGAAGGGGGAACAAUGACUGUCUUAGGGGCGGCGGAGGAUGACUGUAGCUCGAAGCCGGGGAAGGAGGGAGGAGACGCGGGACGUAGGUGACGUACUAGGAGUGACAAGGUAGGUGGCACCUAGAAUAAGGGCCCCUUGUGGGUGAGGCGAGAGGAUUGACGCCUCGAGGGAGGAGCUAAGGGGCCAAGAGUGACAGCCAAGAGAGGUCGUCCCUAAACAUCGCCCCUGCAACUCUGCAAGGAAUUCCGCUUCCCGCUGAACACUCCGAGCUUCGCUCAAUUUCGUGCCCCAGUUGCAUAAGCGCUUUCUGGACUGGCCCAUGGAGCUGCGGGUCUUCGCACGACGAUCUCCGAGCCUGAGCUGCUGCCUGGGCAUCCUCAUGCUGGCGCUGCCUGUUGCUCCACAGGCCUCAGGAUUCCGGAGUCAGCGCCUCGGCAGAGUCCGCGUGUCAGCCAGAAUUCCUGCUGGGGGGAUGGAUGGUCUCGCCCUAGAUCCUGACCACGCCCCCUCUAUUCACUGGCCCGCCUUCCACCCAACUGGCCCCACCCCCUUAGUGCCUCGUUUCCCUACUUUACCCUAGCCCCGCCCUUACACUGCAGUCUCCACCCAAAGGAUAAGCCCCGCCCAGUCCUACCUUUCUUCGAACCCCUUUCCCUGACUCCCACUACCCUCCAUCUUUGGACCCGCCCCUGUACUUAUUGGCCCCGCCCCUCCAAUUCUAGACCUCCUCCCCAAGUUCAGCCGGCUCCCGGGUCUCGGGAGGGGUUGGGGGCUAAAGGUCCGUGACACUUUGUCCAACACCUGUUCCUACUUUCGCCUUCAGGUCUUGCAUAAGGUCUAGGUCUUCCUCGGUAUCCCCCCUGGGCUGGCGGCCCCGAGGUGGGUUCUGCGUGAAGCCUGAAUAGGGGUUGGGAGGAGUCGUAAAUACACGCAGGAUGCUGAGGCCUGACUUAGGUCUUUAUGUCUGGGCAGAAUCUCUAGGACUCCCUGGAUCUAUCUAAUCAAGUGAGUCAGAGCCGGGGGUUUGAAGACGCAGAGCCAACGGAAAAGGGACAGAUCUCUCUCACCUCCUAUUCCUGCUGUUUCUACAAUCUCAGCCUGCACUCACAUGGCCAACUCUUCAGGACACUCUGGUCAGCAUCCAAGAGGGGCGGCCCUAGGAAAGGCUGUGGGGCGGGCCCUGGGGCAGGCGCCAGCGCUCCAGUCUCUGCAGCCCAUUUUCUGUUGCUCGGUUGGCGGACCCUGGUUUCUCUCGCUGCAGCAGAGCCGCGAGAUGUUUUUCAGAGCUGCCUGGAGUUUGGUGCUGAGGAAAGGAAGACUUGGAAUACGAGGGAUACACAGCCCAGGAGACACUGCCCCCAGCAAGGAGAAGAUGCCCCCCUACACCAACUACCAUGCCCAGCGCUCCUACCCCAUGCCGGACGAGCCCUUCUGCACAGAGCUCAACGCAGAGCAGCGGGCCCUGAAGGAAAAGGAGAAGGGCAGCUGGACCCAGCUGAGCCACGCCGAGAAGGUGGCCUUGUACCGGCUCCAGUUCCAUGAGACCUUUGCGGAGAUGAACCAUCGCUCCAAUGAGUGGAAGACAGUGAUGGGCUGUGUCUUCUUCUUCUGUGGAUUCACAGCUCUGCUGAUUUGGUGGCAGCGGGUCUAUGUGUUCCCGAAGAAGCCCAUCACCCUGACGGAUGAGUGGAAGGCCCAGCAGCUCCAGCGCAUCCUGGAUAUGAAGGGCAACCCCGUGCAAGGCCUGGCCUCCCGGUGGGAUUAUGAGAAGAAGGAGUGGAAGAAGUGACAUUGCAUCCUGCACCCCAGGCUGCUCUUCCGGCAGCUCCACCCUGGCCCAGAGCUUAUGGUGCACCCCCGUCCCCUCUCCUCAACCCCAAUAAAGCUGGCCUGUUCUCUUCGGUCUUUAAGCUUCA